UCAGCAACGCACCAUGAAAACUGCCUUUCAACCACCAAACACUACCAAGGAUAUUGCUCGAAGAUCGGCGAACUACAAACCCACAAUUUGGAACUUUGAUUACAUCCACUCACUAUCAAACAAUUACGUGGGAGAAACAUGCAGUAAACGUGCGGAGGAGCUGAAGGAACAAGUAAGGGCGAUAAUUGAGGAGGCCGUAGAUGAUCCUCUGCUUCAACUCAAUCUCAUCGAUACAUUGCAGAGACUUGGUUUGUCUUAUCACUUUCAGGAUCACAUUCACACUAUUUUGAAGGCCAUGCACAAUACUCAGGCAUGGAGGAACGAGAUUAUUAAUAAUGAUUUAUAUGCCACAGCUCUUGAUUUUAGGCUCCUAAGACAACACCGUUAUUGGGUUCCUCAAGAGGUUUUUAAUGGUUUCAAGGAAGGAGGGACUUUCAAGGCAUGCUUAAGUGAGGAUACAGAAGGAAUGCUAUCUCUGUAUGAAGCUUCAUAUCAUUCAGUAGAAGGUGAAAGUACUUUGGAGGAAGCAAAAGAUUUCACCACCAAACAUCUCAAACAAUACAUCCAAAAUAGGAAGCUAGAUGACCAAAAUGAACAACUUUCUAUCUUAGUAACCCAUGCAUUAGAGCUUCCACUCCACUGGAGGACGCCAAGAAUGGAGACCAGAUGGUUCAUCGAUGUAUAUCACACCACAAAACACAUGAAUCCUAUUAUACUUGAGCUUGCGAAAUUGGAUUACAACAUGGUGCAGUCAACACACCAGGAAGAUCUCAAACAUGCAUACAGGUGGUGGAGCAACACUGGACUGGUACCAAAAUUGAGCUUUGCCAGGGACAGGUUGGUUGAGAAUUUCUUAUGGUCAAUGGAAAUGAUAUCAGAGCCUCAAUUUGGAUAUUGUAGGAGAAUGUCUACAAGGAUUACUUCAUUAAUUACAACAAUUGAUGAUAUAUAUGAUUUGUAUGGUACCUUGGAUGAACUGGCGCUCUUUACAAAUGCUGUUCAAAGAUGGGAUAUGAAUGCAAUGGAUGAGCUACCAGAUUACAUGAAGUUAUGUUUCCUUGCUCUUCAUGAUUCAAUAAAUGAGAUGGCAUUUGAUGUUCUAAAGAACCGGGAGUUUCAUAUCAUUAAAUACCUCAAAAAAUCGGUACUGAUCUCAUCUCUAACUAAUUACUUCUAUUAAUUAUUAACUCAAUAUAAUUUUACUUUCAAAAUACGGUAGUAUAUAUCUCUCAUUGAUAUUGACCUGGCACUAAUAUAUAUUUAAAUUAAUAUUGUUUAGUGGGCAGAUCUUUGUAAAUCUUAUUUACAGGAAGCAAAGUGGUACUAUUCUGGAUACACACCAACCUUGCAAGAGUAUAUUGAAAAUGCAUGGGUUUCAAUAGCCGCACCCCUUGUACUGGUGCAUGCCUAUUUCUUUCUUAACAAUCCUAUAACACAAGAGGAAUUGCAACGUUUGGAAGAAUACUCUGGGAUAAUCCGAUCCUCAGCAAUUGUUUUUCGACUUGCAAACGAUUUAAGAACAUCAUCAGAUGAAUUAAAAAGAGGCGAUGUUCCUAAAGCAAUUCAAUGUUAUAUGCAUGAAAGUUGUGCUUCUGAAGAAGAUGCACAUGAUCACAUAAAAUUUAUGAUUGGAAAAAUGUGGAAGAAGAUGAAUGAAGAUUCCGGAUAUGCAAAGUCUGCUGGUAAAUAUUACUCUGAAACUUUUAUAAGAAGUGCAAUGAAUGCGACUAGAAUGGCUCAGUGCAUGUACCUACAUGGGGAUGGGUAUGGAGUUCAAGACCGCCACACAAAAGACAAUGUCUUAUCGUUGCUUAUCGAACCCGUUCCCCUUUAGACAUAAUUAAUCUUCAAUAUUGUUAAUUUUAUGCUCUUUGCCCC